AUGAGUGUAACGUUCAGUAAGAAGAAGAGAAUAAAAUACCACGAUGUGGUUUAUGAUAAUACGGAGAGAGAUUCCAUCCCAAAACGUGGUUAUUACUCCGAAUUAGUGUCAAAUAUGAUGAAGGAAGAUCCUUCAAGAGAAGUGUACGCAAAGAAGCGCAUGAAGCUUAUGUUGCAGGCAAAAACAGAUAAACUGGCGCCAAUGCUGGUGUCACUGCCGAAACCACAGAAACCCAAAUUGCUGUUACCUCCAGGACGAUGGACUACUUACAGAGAGGAUGAGAGCAUUCAAUUUCCGUUCGAGACGUUCGUACCAAAGUUGCAGUUUCUCAGUAUUGUGCUGCCCAAGGAGUUGCCGAGGCUGGUCAAAAUUGAACGACUGCGAAGAAAGUUCCUUGCUGCUAACAUAAAGAAAAUGCUCCGCGAACUUGGCAUCCAGCCGUACUGGUUGCUCCCUCCAUCGGAGUACCCGAUCUCGGAACAAGAGCACUACGCCCUCUACAGUCCUUUUCCAAAACUAGACUUGGAAAUAUUUGACAACACCGAUUUCGAUUGCAGAAUUCCUGAAGAGUGGUUGAAUCUAGGCAUGAUCGAAGGUGAGCAGUACCCGUGCCCAGGCCUCGCAUUCAUACCCAAAGAGGAAGGCAAGUCCACUAAAAGUGGAGACAUGUUCCAGAUGCUGAAUAAUUUAUAUGAGUGGAUUAACGUAGCUGCGUUUAGUUACGACAAAGCAAUAGACAAAUGGGAAGUAAUGGCUCUCGAUGGGACCAAACGAAGAUUUCAAAUUCCUCGAAUCCGGCUGAUGUUUAAGGCCGACGAUCCAGAGACUUUUGCGAGACGCGUCAAGUUUGCGGUAGAUUUAAGGAGAGAAGUAGAAAAUAAUAUUAGGUUCUAUUUGUACUUGGACUGUCUCCUCCUGGACGGUCUGCCCCAAAUGCCGUUGCACUACAUGCCAGCUAUCAUCAAGAUGGUCAGGAUUCACAGGCAGGCGGUGGAAGUCGAUGAGGAUCACCUGAAGGCUUUGAAACAUGAGGGCUACCUGCUCCAUAGAAGAGCCGAGGGUAAAAUGAAAAUAAUCUACACAAUACAGAAGUACCGAGAUGUGUACAAUUUUAUCGACGUGCCGAGCAAAGAGUACGUGCCGCCCGUGCCAGAUUAUGGCCGCUAUCCCUGCGUGAUGGAUGACUUCAAGGGUCGUGUGAAAUUCAAUCAGUGGAACUCGCUCUAUGUCCUCACGGAAUCUGUCUCCUGCAUACAUCUAGUGGUCGAAGAGUGUCUUAAGGUGGAAAGCAUGUUGUUUUACACAACAAAUUACGGCCGAAACGCCAGCCUUGGAGAGUUUGAUGCGGCGCAACAACACUGCACCUCAAUGAUGUUAAAAUAUUUGCACAUAACGUGGUUGAACGCAACGGCGCAUGCGAUUCGGAUGUCGUUUAGAGAUGUUGGAAAGGGAUGGUUCAAUAUAUACGAGAAAAAAUGGGAGUUCUACGGAAUUAGUAAAUUGUGUCGGUUCAUGCAGCUUGUUAGAUUUCGUAUGCAGUACGCGCUGCGUUAUAGCAUCGAACAAUCUAUGGCGAUGUUUGUGGGCCUCUGCGAGACGCCCUGCCUGUGCACCUAUGUAUGUGAAGAGGACUACGAAUGGGACGCCAAUGACCUGAUCAACUCCCCCUUCCGAUCCCCCACGCCCACCCUCUUUUACUUCCAUCUGAUGAUGUGUGAAGAUGGACCUUAUUAUACUACCCCACCGGAGCAGUUUGAGGUCGUUAUCCAAAGGCUGUUCAGAGAGAUGCUGUAUCGCUGCCACUUUAUCCCCCAAGUGCAUCCAAUGAUUAUGACCGGUCUUGUGUUUGAUAAGGAACUCUUUCUUACAUCUAUUGGCUUGAUGGAACCGAACGUUGUGGAGUACAGAGAGCGUCUGCUUAUGGCCUAUCGUAAAGCGAUAAUACCGCUCAAGGCGUACAUGCGUCAGUACGAGUGCUACAGAGAAAUAUACCUGUUGGACAUUGAGGAAUACGUGGAAGCAUUCCGCGAAGAAAAGCACUCGUCUUCAGAAACCCGCGAAGAGGUUCAGAUGCACUAUGACGCAAAACAAGAUCUGAUAUGGCGACUCCCACAAUACAUCAACAUUGGACCCUUUGCCAUAAAUGUGGAUAGUCUAAAGCAAACGCUCGUAAACAAACGUGCGGACAUAAUCAAGGCACUCCUCACAAUGUGGGCGGAGGAAGUGCGCAUAAUGGUGGAAGACGUCAUACAGGCUUACAAGAGCAUCAUGAGGAAACUGGGUGAGAAGCCGAACACCAUUGAGCACGUGUUCGAGAUCAGGGAGUGGAUGGAGUCCAUACCGUUCGCGCUGAAAACACAAGAAGAUAUAAUGAAGAAAGUCCACACGGAUUAUGAAGUACUGGACGCAUUUUUCACUCCACUAGAAAAUGAAGAUUUCAAAGCUCUGUGGGAAGCCAUCGGUUGGCCGCUGAGUAUUACGAAACAAGUAGUUGCCACCACCGAUUUCCUUGAAGAAGAGCAGGAGAAGUUCUGGAAGCUUCACCAGCAAGACGAGCAGACCUUGUCCGAUAGAAUCGACAUGUUCACGUCGCAAUGUAUGGCGCUCACUCUGCAAAAUGACUUCUCGAGAGUACAUGAAAUAGCCAAUGACAUAAAGAAAGCGUGGAAGGGUAUGAAGGACUCGCAAGAGUGGGGCAGAGUGCUGAACCAGCGGCAGAAGCUGUUCGGGCAGCCGGUGGUCCCUUUCGCGGAUCUGAACCGCCUGGUCAAAGAGUUUGAGCCUUAUAGGAACUUGUGGGUUACUGCUUCAGAUUUCCUGAAGGCCCGUGAAGUAUGGUUCGACAAUCCUUUGAUGUACGUGGACGCGGAUGCCAUCGAGCCACUCAUAAACGAGUACUACAAAACUAUUAUAAAGUGCGUGCGAACAUUUGCUGACCUACCUAAAGUGCAACAAGUGGCGCUUACUAUAAGAGAUGACAUCGACGAAUUCAGACCGUUGAUUCCUGUAAUUCAGGCUGUUAGAAAUCCAGGAAUGAAAGAGAGACAUUGGAAUGAGUUUAUGGAAAAAGCUGGCAUAACGGUAACGAUGAACGAGAAGCAAACGUUCCAGAUGUGUUUGAAGCAAGGUAUGGCGGCGCACGGCGAGCUGAUCGCCGAGAUUGGCGAGCUGGCCAGCAAGGAGUAUGUCAUAGAGCAGUCGCUGGACAAGAUGCUGAACGAUUGGGCCACUAAGGCAAUGGAGAUCGCGCCUUAUAAGAAUACUGGGACGUUUAUAAUGAAGAUAGCAGACGAGACCUUACAAUUGCUGGAUGAGCACCUGCUCGCCACGCAGCAACUUGGCUUCAGCCCUUUCAAAGCGGCCUUCGAGCUGCGCAUCCAGGAGUGGGAUGACAAACUCCGCCUCACGCAGAAGGUCGUGGACGAAUGGAUAGAGUGCCAGAAGGAAUGGAUGUACUUGGAGCCUAUAUUUACAUCCGAAGAUAUAUCACGUCAGUUGCCACUGGAAGCUAAAAAGUAUGGAACUAUGGAGAGAAUAUGGAGGAGAAUUAUGUCUUCUGCAGCAGCCGUUCCAAAGAUUAUGAUCAUAUGCCCCGACAGUCGUCUCCUAGACAGCUUGGUAGAAGCGCGCCACUUGCUGGCGGUAGUGUCGCGUGGCCUCAACGAAUACAUGGAGCUGAAGAGGCUGCGGUUCCCACGCUUCUUCUUCCUCAGCGAUGACGAGCUGCUGGAGAUUCUGUCGCAGAGCAGAAACCCCAAGGCUGUGCAGCCGCAUCUUAGGAAGUGCUUUGAGAAUAUUGCCAAGGUUACCUUUGAAGCGGAUCUCAAGAUCACACAAAUGCACUCGAGCGAAGGUGAAAUUGUCGAUCUCAAAUAUAAGUUCUAUCCUUCGUCGAAUGUUGAACAAUGGCUCUUGUUAUUGGAAGACACCAUGAGGCAUAGCAUACGGCUCACCCUGGUCGCCGGCAUGGAGGAGCUGUGGACGAUGCCGCGCGCACAGUGGGUGCUGCGCUGGCCCGGCCAGGUGGUCAUAGCGGGCUCGCAGACCGCCUGGACCGCUGGAGUGGAGGAGGCGAUCAGCGAGUACAGGAUGGACUGCUACUUUGAGGAGAUGCUGCGACAGCUGGACAGCCUCCGCGCGCUCGUGAAGGGCGAGCUAACCUUCUUCCAGCGCGAAGUGCUCUGCGCCCUGAUCGUCAUAGAGGUCCACGCGCGUGACGUCACCAACACGCUGGUGAUGGAGAACGUGAAGAAUAUUAAUGAUUUCCAGUGGAUCUGUCAGCUUCGAUACUACCAGAUGAUCAAGGACUUCCACCCCCUGGAAGAGGGCGAGUUGCCAGAGAUCUACCAGGACGAGAAUCGCCUGGACACGUCGAUGUUCUAUCGGCAAUUCAGCCAGAACUAUUGCGAUGUGCGCGCUCUCAAUUCAGUGUUCACGUAUCAGAAUGAAUAUUUGGGGAACAGUGGUCGGCUUGUUAUCACGCCUCUAACGGACCGCUGCUAUCUGACGCUAAUGUGCGCGAUGCACCUGAAGUUUGGUGGAGCGCCCGCCGGCCCCGCCGGCACCGGCAAGACUGAGACCACCAAGGAUUUAGCCAAAGCAUUGGCUGUGCAAUGCGUUGUGUUCAACUGCUCAGAUCAAUUGGACUUUAUGGCAAUGGGCAAAUUCUUCAAAGGACUUGCAGCGUCUGGCGCAUGGGCGUGCUUUGAUGAAUUCAACAGAAUAGACAUUGAAGUGCUUUCAGUAGUCGCACAACAGGUGGUGACCAUCCAAAAAGCUCAGGUCGCUAAACUGGAGAAAUUUUGGUUUGAAGGUGUAGAAUUGCCAUUGAAAGCAUCCUGCUCCGUAUUCAUUACCAUGAACCCUGGAUAUGCGGGUCGUACCGAGUUACCGGAUAAUCUCAAAGCCCUAUUCCGUCCCAUCGCGAUGAUGGUACCCGAUUAUGCGCUCAUCGCUGAAAUAUCGCUGUUCUCGUAUGGAUUUUUCGAAGCGAAGCUGCUGGCUGGAAAGAUUACCACCACUUUCAGACUGAGCUCGGAGCAGUUGUCGUCGCAGGACCACUACGACUUCGGCAUGCGAGCCGUGAAGACUGUGAUCCUGGUCGCCGGCAACCUGAUCAGACAGAUGCCGGAUGGUGAUGAGAGGCAGAUAGUGCUCAGGGCGCUGAGGGACGUCAAUGUGCCCAAGUUCCUUGCCGACGAUCUGGUGCUAUUUAAUGGUAUCAUAUCGGAUUUGUUCCCACGUGUGGAAAUCCCGGUAGUGGACUACGGUAUCAUGGAGCAGUCUAUAAGAAACAUGCUGGUGAAGAGAGGCUACGACGACCUGUACACAUUCAUAUUCAAGAUAAUACAAUUGUACGAAACUACGGUGGUGCGCCAUGGCUUGAUGUUGGUUGGUCCAGCGGGCUCGGGGAAAACAAAGUGCUACGAGAUCCUGCGAGACGCGCUCACCGCGAUAAAGGGCAAGCUGGCGCCGGACGGGUUCCCCUUCACGCCCGUGCACACCUUCGUCGUCAACCCCAAGUCGAUCACCAUGGGCCAGCUGUACGGGGAGUUCGAUCUGCAGACGCACGAGUGGACGGAUGGCAUCCUGUCGAGUCUGGUGAGAGCCGGCAUCGCGGUGGAGGACACGGACAAGCGCUGGUACAUCUUCGACGGGCCCGUGGACGCUGUUUGGAUUGAAAACAUGAACACUGUGCUAGACGACAACAAGAAGUUGUGCCUGUCGAGCGGCGAGAUCAUGAAGCUGACGGACCGGCAGCGCAUGAUCUUCGAGGUGGCCGACCUGGCGGUCGCGUCGCCGGCCACCGUGUCGCGCUGCGGGAUGGUGUACCUCGACACGAAGGUGGUGGGCCUGCAGCCGCUGGUGAACGCCUGGAUGAAGAGCAACCUGCCGCCGAUUGCAGACAACAUUCGCAAAUCCCUUUACAACCUCAUCACGACGUACUUGUACCCAUCCCUUGUGGUACUGCGCUCGAAACUAACCGAAAUUGUGGCUUCAAUAGACUCCUCCCUUGUCCUGAAAUUUCUGGAACUACUAGAUUAUAGACUGAGGCCGUUGACUGGGAAAGACGAUAGACCUCCACCCGGAGGUGCUUUUCUUGCUAUGAUGCCCAAGCUGGCGCCAUGCUGGGUGGUGUGGGCGGUGAUCUGGUCGGUGGGCGCCACGUGCGACCACACCGGCCGCGCAAUCUUCUCCGACUUCAUGCGCAACCUCAUGGAUGAGAGCGGCACCAAGCCGACCUUCCCGAAGGAGGGCAGGGUUUAUGAUUACACACUUCACGACGGCGGGUUCACGGAUCCAACAGACGACGGUGAGCCGGCCAACCCGUAUUGGUACAAUUGGAUGGCCAACCUGGAGGAGUAUGAAGUGGACCCGGAAUGGCAGUUUGCUGACAUCGAAGUACCAACGCUGGACAACGUGCGCAGCGCGGCGUUGCUCGGCUACAAGAUCGCGAACUACAACCACGUGAUAUGCGUCGGGCCGACCGGCACCGGCAAGACGGUCACCAUCAGCUCGAAACUCUCCAAGGGGCUGCACAAGAAGUUCAUCUGCGAGUUCCUCGUCUUCUCCGCGAGGACGUCUGCUAAUCAGACUCAGGACGUGAUCGACAGCAAGCUGGAGCGGCGGCGGCGCGGCGUGUUCGGGCCGCCGCCCACCAAGCGCCAGGUCUUCUUCAUCGACGACCUCAACAUGCCCGCGCUCGAGGUGUACGGCGCGCAGCCGCCCAUCGAGCUGCUGCGCCAGUUCAUGGACUUCUCUGGGUGGUACGACCGCACCAACAUCGGCGAGUUCAAGACGCUGAUCGACGUGGGCGUGGUGGCGGCCAUGGGGCCCCCGGGCGGCGGCCGCAACCCCGUCACCAUGCGGCUCAUGCGCCACUUCCACUACAUCUCCUUCACCGAGAUGGAGUUCAACAGCAAGUACUGCAUCUUCAGCACGAUACUGAAGUCUUGGACGCGUAACUUCGAAAAGGUCUCGAUCCGCGAAGAUGGCUUCCUCAAGGGUUCCAUCGACAUUUUCAACUCGCUGGUGGAGGAGUUGCUGCCGACUCCCACGAAAUCCCAUUAUACUUUCAAUCUCAGGGAUUUGAGCAAAGUUUUCCAGGGCAUCCUAAUGAUGGACCCUCAUCUUGUGAAGGAUGAAGAUGACGUAAUUCGUCUGUGGUACCACGAGCACCAGCGCGUGUACCAGGACAGGCUGGUGAAUAGCGAGGACCGCAAGUGGUUUGUCAAUCUUCUUAACAAGAAGAUCAAAACGGAGUUUGGCAAGAAAGCGAGCGAUGUGGUGGGCGGGAGACUGAUGCUCUUCGGUGAUUUUAUGGACAUCGGGGCUGAUGAUAAGAAGUACUUGGAGAUUACUGACCAGGAUGAGCUGGACGAGGUGCUCGGGCACUACCUGAGCGAGUACAACCUGUCGUCCACGGCGCCGCUGGAGCUGGUGCUGUUCGAGGACGCGGUGGCGCACCUGUGCCGCCUCGCGCGCAUCAUGCGCCAGCCCAUGGCCAACGCGCUGCUGCUCGGCAUGGGCGGCUCCGGUCGCCAAUCGCUGUCGCGCCUCGCGGCCAACAUGUCGGAGCUGCAGUGCAUCCAGAUCGAGAUCACGAAGGCGUACGGCCAGUCGGAGUGGCGCGACGACCUCAAGCAGACCAUGAUGAAGGCUGGCGCCGACAACAGGGGCAUCGUCUUCUUGUUCUCUGACGCGCAGAUAAAAAUGGAGUCGUUCCUCGAGGACCUGAACAACAUCCUGAGCUCGGGCGACGUGCCCAACAUCUACGAGGCGGAGGACCUGGACCGCGUGUACGUGUCGGUGCGUCACGCCGUGAUGGAGCUGGGGCUGGCCGCCACCAAGGCCAACCUGUUCGCGUGCUACCAGCGGCGCGUGCGCAGCAACCUGCACAUCGUCGUCGUCAUGAGCCCCGUGGGCGAGAUAUUCCGCGCGCGGCUGCGGCAGUUCCCGUCGCUGGUGAACUGCUGCACCAUCGACUGGUUCAGCGAGUGGCCGCGCUCCGCGCUCGACUCCGUCGCCACGCACUUCUUCCAGCACAUGGACGAGCUGCAGACCACUGAUGAGGUCAUCGCCUCCAUGGUGUCGGUGUGCUGCUUCGUGCACCAGAGCGUGGUGGAGGCGAGCGCGCGGUUCCUCUCGCAGCUGAACCGCCUGAACUACGUCACGCCCAUGUCCUACAUGGAGAUGCUGGCGGCGUAUGCCGAGAUGUUCAGGAAGAAACAGAAUGCGAUCCUGCAAGAGUCCAACGCGCUGAAGACAGGAUUGAACAAACUGAACCAAACGGAAGUGGAAGUAAAGCAGUUGCAAAUAGAACUGGCGGAAUUGAAGCCUUUGAUGGAGAGGGCGGCAGAGGAGACCAAAAAAGUUAUUGACCAGAUCGCUAUUGAUACUGCGAUAGCCGAAGAAGCGCGGAUAAAAGUGGAGAAAGAACAAGCGGUAGCUGAAAAAAUGGCGAAAGAGACCACUGCGAUGGCGGAAGAUGCACAGAGAGAUUUAGACGAGGCGAUGCCGGCGCUGCGCGCGGCGGAGAAGGCGCUGCAGGAGCUCAACCGCAACGACGUGGUCGAGGUGAAGGCCAUGAAGAAGCCGCCCGCCGGCGUCGUGCUCGUCAUCGAGUCGCUCUGCGUCGUCUUCGAUAUCAAGCCGAUAAAGGAGCCGGGUGCGUCGUUCGGCGAGAAGGUGCUGAACUACUGGAAGCCGGGCUCCGCGAUGCUGUCGGACCCGACCGCGUUCCUGGACUCACUGAUGAAGUUCGACAAGGAGUCCAUCACCGAGGAUAUGAUCAAGAAGCUGAAGCGGUUCGUCGUCGAUCCCAACUAUGAGCCCAUGAAGAUUUCCAAGGUGUCGAAGGCGUGCAUGUCGCUGUGCAUGUGGGUGCACGCGAUGUACAAGUUCUACCACGUCAACAAGGCGGUCGCGCCCAAGAAGGAGGCGCUCGAGCGCGCCACCAAGGAGCUCGCUGCCGUCGAGGCAAUGCUCGCGAACGCAAAAGCCAAGAUGCAAGCUCUCCUCGAAGGCAUCGCGAAACUCAACGCAUACCUGCAAGAGAAGGAAGAAGAGAAGAGGAAGAUGGAAGAAGACAUCAACCAGUGCUUGGCAAGGAUGGAUCGUGCUAACAGACUUCUGAACGGUCUGUCGAGUGAACGUGUCCGUUGGAUCAGGACUAUCAAAGAGCUGGACAUAGCCAUCAUUAACCUCAUGGGAGACAUACUCAUAAGCGCUUGUGCUGUUGGUUACAUAACUCCAUUCACGGAUGAGUAUCGUCGAGAACUGUUGGCUGAAUGGAUCAAUCAUAUGGAGGAAGUGGAGGUGCCUCACACGCACGGCGGCACUCCACUCUCGAUCCUCGGGGAUGCUGUCUUGAUAAGGAACUGGCAGAUGUACGGUUUGCCGCGCGACCCGCUGUCAGUGGAGUCUGCCGUGCUGAUGUCCAACUCGCGCCGCUGGCCGCUCAUCAUCGACCCGCAGACGCAGGCCAACAAGUGGAUACGCGCCAUGGGUAAAAUCGAAGGUUUGGUGGUUUGCAAACCUAAUGACAGAGAUCUCCUACGUAACUUUGAGUCUGCGCUUAGAUUUGGCAAACCUGUCCUCCUGGAGAAUGUGGGGCAAGAGCUGGACCCGGCUUUGGAUCCAGUGCUGAAGCGCCAAUACUUCCGGCAAGCGGGCCAGCUGGUGCUGAAGCUGGGUGACUCUUUGAUCCCAUACAUGCCCGGCUUCCGGCUCUACAUCACCACGAAGCUGCCCAACCCGCGGUACACACCAGAGACAUCUGUUAAAGUGCAGAUCGUUAACUUCGCGCUGGUGCCCAGUGGGCUAGCGGAGCAGCUAUUGUCAAUAGUAGUGGCCCAAGAGCGGCCGGACCUCGAGGAACUCCGCGGGCAGUUGAUAGUCUCGCGGGCGCAGAUGUCGUCUCAGCUCGCCGAGAUGCAGUCGGCCAUCUUGUACGGGCUGUCCAACAGCGAGGGCUCGCCGGUGGAUGAUUUGCCGCUGAUUCUCACCCUGGAAGCCAUUAAGAUCAAGAGUGCUGAGAUUUUGAUAAAAGUAGAAGAUAUAGAAAAGACCUCGGAGGAGAUAGACGAGGCGCGUCUCGGCUACGUGCCGGUCGCGAACCGCGGCCAGAUCCUGUUCUUCUGCCUCUCCGGGAUGGCCAACGUGGACCCCAUGUACCAGUACUCGCUCGAGUGGUUCGUCAAGCUGUUCAUACGGAGCAUGGCCGAGACUGAGCCUAACGACGACAUAAUCGAGCGCGUGGACAUCAUAAUCGAGCACUUCACGUUCCUGCUGUACGUGAACGUGUGCCGCAGCCUGUUCGAGCGGCACAAGCUGCUGUUCGCGUUCCUGCUGUGCGCGCGCGUGCUGCUCGACCGCGCCGCCAUCCGCCCCAACGAGUUCGCCUUCCUGCUCAACGGCGGCAAGAUCGAGCAGGAAUUGGAUAACCCAGAGCCAAAGUGGAUAUCUCAGCGCAUGUGGCUCGACAUGCAGGAGCUGGCGUCGGUGCCCACCAUGAAGCAGUUCGUCACCGACUUCCCGGAGCAGACCAGAUUCUUUAAGACGUAUUACGAUGCAUGGAACCCGCAUAAGUUGCCAUAUCCGAAGCCGCUCGACAGUCAGUUGGAUGCCUUCCAAAAGCUUCUGGUCCUGAAAUGUCUCCGACCGGACAAACUUGUCCCUGGCUUGCAGGACUACGUGGUGGUGGGGCUGGGCGCGCGCUUCGUGGAGCCGCAGCCGGCCGACCUGGCGGCGCUGUACGCGGAGUCCGACCCGCUCGCGCCCAUCAUCUUCGUGCUCUCCACCGGCACCGACCCCGCCGCGGAUUUACUAAAAUUUGCUGAUAAAAUGAAAAUGGGGAAACGAUUCGAGAGUAUUUCACUGGGGCAAGGGCAGGGGCCUCUCGCUGAGGCCAUGAUGAGGGUCGGAUGCGAUUUCGGGAACUGGGUGUUCUUCCAGAACUGCCACCUGUCCCCCUCGUGGAUGCCGGUGCUGGAGCUGAACGUGGAGCACAUCCAGCCGGAGACGGUGCACAAGGACUUCCGCCUCUGGCUCACAUCAACACCCUCGCCCUUCUUCCCCGUUGCCUUGCUGCAGAACGGCUAUAAAAUGACAGUGGAGCCACCUCGUGGUAUAAAAGCUAACCUGUUAAAAGCUUAUAUGAAUCAAGUUCCUGAUUUCCAAGAUUAUUUCAACUCUCACGAUAGCAAAGUAUCGAAUUUUAAGUGGCUGCUGUUCUCGCUGUGCCUGUUCCACGGCGUGGUGCUGGAGCGGCGCAAGUUCGGGCCGCUCGGCUUCAACAUCCCGUACGAGUUCACCGACGGUGACCUGCGCAUCUGCAUCUCGCAGCUGCACAUGUUCCUCACCGAGUACAACGAGGUGCCCUUGCGGAUGCUGACGUACACGGCGGGGCACAUCAACUACGGCGGGCGCGUGACGGACGACUGGGACCGGCGCUGCCUGCUGUGCCUGCUCGCCGACUACUACGCGACCGCCGUGCUCAGCGAGCGCUGGCUCUUCGACGAGAGCGGCGCCUACAAGCAGCAACCAUCAUCAGCGAACAUCGAGGACUACACCAAGUACAUCCGCACGUUGCCGCUCAACGACGACCCGUCGCUGUUCGGGCUGCACAGCAACGCCAACAUCAGCUACGCCAUGUCCGAGACCAGCACUUGCCUCAACAUCCUGCGCAGCCUGCAGGGCGGCGCGGCGGGCGGCGGCGGCGCGCUCAGCGCGGAGGAGGCGACCGAGCGCGCCGCGCGCGACAUCCUCGCCGUGCUGCCGCCCGCGCUCGACCAGAAGUUCAUCGCCACCACGUACCCUGUGUCGUACAAGGAGUCCCUGAACACUGUGCUCAUGCAGGAAGCCAUCCGAUACAACAGACUGCUAGGUGUUAUACAAAACUCACUCAAAGACCUGCUGAAAGCGCUCAAGGGUCUGGUGGUGAUGUCAGAGGCGCUGGAGAGCAUGGCCAACAGCCUCUCCAUGAACUCCGUGCCCGGCAUGUGGAGCUCCAAGGCGUAUCCUUCACUGAAGCCUCUAGCGGCGUGGGUGAAGGACCUGGUGCUGCGCGUGCAGUUCAUGCAGCAGUGGGCGGAGGGCGGCAUCCCGCGCGUGUUCUGGAUCUCGGGCUUCUACUUCCCGCAGGCCUUCCUCACCGGCGCGCUGCAGAACUACGCGCGCAAGCACGUCAUCGCCAUCGACACCGUCGCAUACGCAUUUGAGCCGCUGGCGGGCGCGCCGGCCAAGAAGCCGGACGACGGGUGCUGCGUGCGCGGCCUGUACCUGGAGGGCGCGCGCUGGAACCUCGGCGACAUGGCGCUCGAGGAGAGCCGCCCCAAGGAGCUGCACACCGAGAUGGCAAUAAUCUACAUGAAGCCGGAGCAGAACCACAAGCUGGCGCAGGGGCUGUACGAGUGCCCCGCGUACAAGACGCUGGUGCGCGCGGGCACGCUGAGCACGACGGGCCACUCCACCAACUACGUGAUGACCAUCGAGCUGCCCACGCACAAGCCGCAGGCGCACUGGAUCAAGCGCGGCGUCGCGCUCUUCUGCGCGCUCGAUUAUUAAAUCUUUCCCAAUUAUGCUCGUUUUAUUCUAACCAAGUGGGGUAUUC